GGCCAAAAGUCGUCAUAGCACAACAAGACGGCGAAGCCAUUUUACCGUGUUCCCUCAGCACUGAAGAAAACAUCGAGCUAAAGCUGUUCGACUGGAAGAAAACUGCUCCGUCUGACGCUGAUCGGAGAAAGGUUUUCUUUUAUGAUGGAGGAAUCCAUUACAACAACGGACGAUCAGGUCAGAGCGAGCAGUUCAAAGGUCGAGUCUCUCAUUUUCCUGAAGAACUGAAACACGGUAACGCCUCCAUCAUCAUCACAAACACAAAGGUGACUGACAGCGGAGAAUACACCUGUGAUUUUCCUCGUCUGCAGCCACCUGAAAAAUACCUCAUUAAGCUGGUUGUUGGGCGUGUUUUAAAAGACAGAACAGGUGAAAACAUCCCAGGUGCAGUUUCAAAGCCAAACAUUGCAAUACUUGCUGAAACUGAUGACCGGGUGCUGCUGCGAUGUGAAGUCAAUGGUAAUCCAGAGCCUGAAGUCGAGUGGAGGGACAGCUCUGGAAACAAACUUCCUGCUGAGAAGUUUCAGAAACAGAAAAGAGACGGCCGUUUCUUCAUCACUCUGAACACAACUGUGACCAAGACCGACUGCUAUCGCUGUGUGGCCACACAGAUGAAUAUCAGCCAUCAGAGUCAUGCUGAGACCUUCGUGCGUCUGAAUG